AAACCAACCUAGCUAACCCGCACAUGCAUGCACACGUUUCAACCAACUCGUGAAUAUCACUUACUCAGCCCCAUAUAUCUUCCCCUCCCCUGCCCCUUAACUCCAGUACCUCUCUGCCCAAAGCUUCACAGCACAGACAAAAUUAAAGCUCGCCAUGUCUCCUUCAUCUCUCAUUCUCGCCACCAUUUUCUUCGCUAUCUUCCUCUUUUACCUCCUCAAGCUUACCACUCGCCGCCCCGGCCACCUUCCCCCCCUCCCUCCUGGCCCAAAGCCAUGGCCGAUCAUCGGAAACUUGCCCCACAUGGGCCCCGUGCCCCACCACUCCCUCGCCGCCCUCGCACGCACCUACGGCCCUCUCAUGCACCUCCGUCUCGGAUUCGUAGAUGUCAUCGUUGUUGCGUCGGCGUCCGUAGCCUCCCAGUUCUUGAAGACCCAUGACGCAAAUUUCUCCAGCCGGCCGCCUAACUCCGGUGCCAAGUAUAUUGCUUACAAUUACCAGGACCUCGUCUUCGCCCCCUACGGCCCCCGGUGGCGCAUGCUCCGGAAGAUUAGCUCCGUCCACCUCUUCUCCGGAAAGGCCUUGGAUGAUUUCAGGCAUGUCCGCCAGGAAGAAGUGGCAGUGCUAGCAAGAGCCCUAGCAAAAGCAGACUCCAAGCCAGUGAACUUGGCACAAUUGCUCAAUGUUUGCACUGUAAACGCACUAGGGAGGGUGAUGCUAGGCCGGAGAAUGUUCGGAGAUGGUAGCGGCGGCGGUGAUGAGAAGGCGGACGAGUUCAAAUCAAUGGUGGUGGAGGUGAUGGUGCUGGCCGGAGUUUUCAACGUCGGUGACUUUAUACCGGCACUGGAGUGGCUAGACUUACAGGGGGUGGCAGGUAAGAUGAAGAAGCUCCACAAGAGGUUCGACACGUUUUUGACAGCCAUCGUUGAGGAGCACAAAAGGAGCGCUGCUGGGCAGCACGUGGACAUGUUGAGCACUUUGAUUUCUUUGAAGGAGAAGUCUGAUGAUGGUGAGGGGGGGAAGCUCACAGACACACAGAUCAAAGCCUUACUUUUGAAUAUGUUCACAGCAGGCACUGACACCUCAUCUAGUACGGUGGAAUGGGCCAUAGCAGAACUCGUCCGGCACCCCAAGAUCUUGGCCAGUGUCCAACGGGAGCUUGACUCCGUUGUGGGUCGAGAUCGGCUCGUAAGCGAGUUGGACCUACCCCAACUCACCUACUUCCAGGCCGUCAUUAAGGAGACCUUCCGGCUCCACCCAUCGACUCCCCUAUCUCUGCCACGGAUGGCGUCCGAAGACUGUGAAAUCAACGGCUACCACAUCCCCAAGGGAUCCACCCUUUUGGUCAAUGUAUGGGCCAUAUCUCGGGAUCCAGAGCAAUGGGAAAGCCCGCUAGAGUUUAGGCCCGAGCGAUUCCUUCCCGGUAGUAGCAAGGCCCAUGUUGAUGUUAGAGGAAAUGAUUUUGAAGUCAUACCAUUUGGUGCUGGGCGUAGAAUAUGUGCUGGGAUGAGCUUGGGGUUGCGAAUGGUUCAGCUCCUAGCAGCAACCCUAGUUCAUGCAUUUGAUUGGGAAUUGGCCGACGGAUUGAGGCCUGAGAAGCUGAACAUGGAUGAAGCAUAUGGGCUGACCCUGCAACGCGCCGCGCCCUUAGUGGUGCACCCUCGACCGAGGCUGUCCCCGCAAGCUUAUCGAGCAUAAUCUCGAAAAGGGUUAAGAACAAAAGGAUUAUAGUUUGUACGCUUUUGAGUAAUGCUAUCUACCAUUUGGAUAAGUUGGUGAUGAAUUAGCAUAAAUGGUGCCACCAGGCACCAAGACGUGUUUAUCUUA